ACCUUUUGGAGGGGGAGGAUCAUCCGGAACACGGCAGACCGACUACAUUUCCUCCUCUUGGCCGUGCUUCAUCACCGGCGAGGCGGAUUGGGAAUGUGUCGGUCUUACUAAAGGCGGCGACGACGACGACGACGACGAAAGAGCGGUCAUUGCAAGGCGAGCCCGUGUGCCGUUAUUCAUAUCUCUUUUUCUGUUGUUGGAUUUUUUUUAUGGGGAUUCGGGACGCUUGAGUCCGCAUCGGAAGUGGAGGAUGAACAUUUCGUCUCGGGUCAAGACCAGGCGGACUGAGGCCAGCCUCGGAGCCGAGAGGGAACACUUUGACAAGCAGCAGCUGAGCAGCAUUAGCAAAGCCAUCAACUCCACCGAAGCACCUGUGAAGGAGAAGCAUGCACGACGCAUCAUCCUGGGCAGUCAUCGGGAGAAGGGGGCCUUCACUUUCUGGUCCUACGCCCUGGGUUUCCCCCUGGCCACCAGCUCCGUCCUCAGCUGGAAGUUUUGUCACGUGCUGCACAAAGUGCUGCGCGAUGGCCACCGCAAUGUGUUACAAGACUGCAUGAGACAUUUCAGCUCUAUUGUGGAACUUGGCCAGCUUUGGGGCAACCUGCAUGACCGAUACGGGCAGCUGGUGGCUCUCUAUUCCAAGCUGCUUUGCACCAAAAUGAAGUUUCACAACAAGCAUGCCGAAAUCCCCACCAAUUUGGAGACCACUGACGAGGUGCUGGAGCGCACGGCAGGGACGGACAUCAACAACGUCUUCCAGCUCACAGUGGAGGUGUUCGAUUACAUGGAUGUCGAGUUGAAGUUGGCUGAGACAGUGCUGCGACAGCUUAACUCAUCCAUCGCCAUCUCCACGCUCACGUCUGGCCAGUGUCGCCUGUCACCGCUCAUCCAGGUUAUCCAGGACUGCAGUCAACUCUACCACUUUAUGGUUAAGCUGCUGUUCAAGCUUCACGCAUGUCUACCCGCUGACACUUUACAAGGCCAUCGGGAUCGGUUCCGGGACCAGUUCCAGAGCCUCAAGACCUUCUUCAACAGAGCCAGAGAGAUGAUGUACUUCAAGAGGCUCAUCCAGAUCCCCAGACUGCCUGAUUCGCCGCCCAACUUUCUGCAUGCGGCCUCCCUGGCCAAGCAUGUCAAGCUAGUGGUGGUCAUCCCCGAUGAGGAGGAUGGCGAGGAUGACGACGACGAUCCCGAGCCACUCAUUGACGUUAGUGAUGCAGUCAGCAUGCAGGCUGCCGCACCACAGGCAGACAUCUUCGAUCAGGCCUUCGGACCACCCAAUGGAGGCUUCGACGACAGGGAUGUCCAGAUUGAGAGCCUCAAGCGGGACCUGGAGAUGUUGCGAGCUGAGCUGGAGAAGGUGAAAGCUGAGGCCCAGCGCUACAUCACCCAGCUCAAGUCGCAGAUCAACAGCCUGGAGGCGGAAUUGGAGGAGCAGCGGGUCCAGAAGCAACGUGCGCUGGUGGAAAACGAGCAGCUCCGUAUGGCGCUGGAGGUUGCGCGCCGUCGCAACACAGAGCACGAAAGCCUACAGAGCACCUUCAUUGAGGCGGAACAAAGAGCCCAGGCCACAGAGCAGCGCUACAAUAAACUUAAAGAGAAGCACACAGAGCUUGUGGCCAGUCAUGCUGAGCUACUUCGCAAGAGCGCAGACACUGUGAAGAUGCUGUCUGCCACCCAGCAGACUCAGGAGGAGGUGGAGAGGACCAAACAGCAGCUUUCGUUUGAGGUGGAUCGGAUAAGGCAAGAAGCUGACAUGAAGAUGGAGGAGCAGAAGUUUGAGAUGGAGAAACUCAGGAGAGAGCUGUCAGAGAAGAUGGCAGAAAUAACACACAUUAAGGCCAACCUGCAGAGCAGCGAGCUGACUUCUGCUCAAGUCAACAGCACCAUGGCCGCUCUGCAGGCGGAGAAGGAGCGGUUGAUGCGCUCAGUUAGCGAGAAGGAUUCCGAGCUUUCGUCCGUCCGCCAGAGUGCGCAACUGCAACAGUCUACGGUCCAACAGGAGAAAGACAAGAACAACAAGGAGCUCAGCGAGCUGCAGGCCAGACUGCAGGAGAAGGGCAGACAGGAGGAGCUGCUGAAGCAGAGGCUCCUUGACGAGCAGUUUGCGCUGCUGCAGGGCACCGUCACAGAAGCAGAGAACAUCAUCCAAGAUGCCGUGGCCAAACUGGAUGAUCCUCUCCAUAUCCGAUGCACCAGCUCCCCAGAUUACCUAAUAAGUCGAGCGGAGGUGGCCCUGAGCUCCAUUGAUAAAGUGAAAAAAGGCCAAGCGGACUAUGUGAAAGACAUGAAGGAUGCUGGAGGGCUGCUGAGGUCGCUGACUCAGUUCUCCCACUCGGCUGCGGACACCAUCAUCAAUGGCAGUGCCACAGCGCACAUGGCGCCCACUGACAACGCAGAUCGACUGACGGAGAACUGCAGAAGCUGCGCCACUGAGUGUCUUCAGUACUUGAAGGAGCUCAAGUCCAAGGGCACCUUGCAAAAGGCCGACCCCGCCUCCAUUCAAGUCAUCAUCCACAAGAUCCUGCGCCUGGGCCAGGAGCUGCGACCAAAAGGCAUGGACGUCCGCCAGGAUGAACUGGGAGAUCUGGUUGACAAGGAAAUGGCCGCAACCUCUGCAGCCAUCGAGGAGGCCGUUCGAAGGAUUGAUGAAGUCAUGAAUCAGGCACGAAAGGACACGUCGGGAAUUAAACUGGAGGUCAAUGAAAGAAUCCUGCACUGUUGCACAGACCUCAUGAAGGCCAUCCGCAUGCUGGUCCUUGCCUCCACGGAACUGCAGAAAGAGAUUGUCGAGGGUGGCAGGGGUGCGGCCUCCAUCAAGGAGUUCUAUGCCAGGAACUCUCGCUGGACUGAGGGCCUCAUCUCUGCGGCCAAGGCCGUGGGCUGGGGAGCAACAGAGAUGGUGGAAUCUGCUGACAAGGUGGUGCUGCACACUGGCAAAUAUGAAGAGUUGAUUGUCUGCUCCCACGAGAUUGCUGCCAGCACAGCGCAACUGGUCGCCGCCUCCAAGGUAAAAGCAGACCGUCACAGCAAGCGGCUGACAGUGCUCCAGCAGGCCUCUCGCCUGGUCAACGAAAUGGCUGCCAAAGUGGUGGCCUCCACCAGGACAGGACAAGACGACCUGGAGGACAAGGAUCCCAUGGACUUCUCUGGUUUGUCGCUCAUCAAGUUGAAAAAAGAAGAAAUGGAGUCGCAGGUGAAGGUGCUGGAGCUGGAGUCUCAGCUGCAAAACGAGCGUCUACGUCUGGGCGACCUGAGGAAGCAGCACUACUCUCUGGCCGGCGUGCCCCUGGACCAGCUCCAGCUUGAUGACGGCGACCCCUCCUUGCUGGUGUCCAUGUCACCCAAGUUCAACAAGCCAGUGCUCAUGAAGAAGCCCAUGCUGGCCCAGAAGCCGAGCGUCCUGCUCAAGUCUCCGUUCAAAUGAGAGCAGAUGCACAGUGACCUCAUCGCCAUUGGAGACUGUAAAAUGCCUUAAGGGAAGAUGAGGAGGAAACCCUCAAGUUGCUCGCUGACAAUCCUGCUCUUCUAUUCAUAUUUGUUUUUUUCCAAAAUGGACCUGAACUGGAAUUAUUAUUUUUUUAUUAUUAUUAUUAAAAGUUGACGCCGAUACACUACAACAUUCCUUCGUUCUAUUUUAGCAUUUAGCAACACAAUCAACAAAAAGGGGAAUUUUGUGUUAAGUAUUUUGCAAAUGCUGCUUUGAGCAUAACAAUAAGGCUCUGGACCGAAGUCAUAUCUUUUCUAACCUUUUUUUUUUUGGGGGGGGGGGGGGGGACGGGACAUAACCUCCAUGGUGAACACAGUUUCAUCUUAUUUGCAAAACGUUAACUCUGUGGCUUUGGAAUGUACUGCACUGAUGAUUCAUUUAUAUUUAUCCUUAUUGAUCAUAACAAUAAUCCCUUUACAUUUAAAGCCAUCUGGUUGUGCAGCAUGUCCCAUUUAAGUGUAACAUCAAGCUCAUCUGGAAUGGGUUACACAUGUACUGUAGUUGCUUCUACAAUGAAUGUGGAGGUUUAUAACCUCUGGGAGUUUUUCCAUACAGGGUCCUUAUGAUAAUUAUUAAUUGCAUCCUUUUAUGCUGUUCUGUUUUCUUUGUAUAUGCUUUCAGAUCUAGUUGAAAAUAUAUUUUAGCAAAGGCCAGGGUGUUUCUCCUUGUACCAAGUGUUAAAUGUCCAGCAAACCAAAUAAAUGUUUAAUUUAG